UAGAUUCUUCUAUCGACUCUUUAUAAAUCAACAACCUCUUCUCCUUCAUUAUUCAUCAAUCAAUCUCCUCUAUUCUUUCUCUAAAAAUCAAUCUCUCUCUAGUGUUUAUCAUCUCCAAUUCAUCAUGCAAAUCUUUGUGAAAACUCUGACCGGCAAAACCAUAACCCUAGAGGUUGAAUCCUCCGACACCAUCGACAACGUCAAAGCCAAAAUCCAAGACAAGGAAGGCAUUCCACCAGACCAGCAGCGUCUCAUCUUCGCCGGUAAACAAUUAGAAGACGGCCGAACCCUCGCCGACUACAACAUCCAGAAAGAAUCCACACUCCACCUUGUUCUCCGUCUCCGCGGCGGCAUGCAAAUCUUCGUCAAAACCCUAACCGGCAAAACCAUCACACUCGAGGUUGAAUCCUCCGACACAAUCGACAAUGUCAAAGCCAAGAUUCAAGACAAGGAAGGAAUUCCUCCGGAUCAGCAGCGAUUGAUCUUCGCCGGAAAGCAGUUGGAAGACGGGAGAACUCUUGCGGAUUAUAAUAUCCAGAAAGAGUCUACUCUGCAUUUGGUGCUUCGUCUGCGUGGUGGAAUGCAGAUAUUUGUGAAGACGUUGACGGGGAAGACGAUUACUUUGGAGGUGGAGAGUUCGGAUACGAUUGAUAAUGUGAAAGCGAAGAUUCAGGAUAAGGAAGGGAUUCCACCUGAUCAACAGCGUCUUAUCUUUGCUGGUAAACAACUUGAAGAUGGACGGACUCUUGCUGAUUAUAAUAUUCAGAAGGAGUCUACACUUCACCUUGUUCUCAGGCUCCGUGGUGGUUGAGAUGUAUAGAUUAAUAAGUUUCUCUGUUUUCAUUCCUUUAAUAUGUAAUGCUGUUGAUGAUGAUUAAAAGUUGAAUAAUUAAAGUUUUAAGUUUAUUCAAAUUUGAUUAUAGAUGAUUAUA